GUUGCCGGUGGCGGCGGCGGCGGCGAUGUCGGUGACUCGGUGCAGAUCUCGGUCCGUGUACCUCGGGGCGGUGUUAGCGCUGCUCAGCGCCGCCUACCUCGCGCUGACGGGAUACUACGGCCUUUACGUGAACCUGCUGUCAGAUGAUGGCGCUGUGGGGGGGUUCAGCCCAGGGGGGAACCUGUUGGAUUACUGUCUGCAGCUCGGCCUCAUCCCAGAGAAAGAUGCCAUACACGUUACCUGGGCCCACGGGGCCAACAGCCUGCGAGAGAUGGAGGAAGCUCUGAGAGGUCCUGCGAUGGUGCUGGAAGCUGACGUGACUGUUGAAGGUCUGAACACACAGAACCAGACCAACGUUCCCAUCAUGGCUCAUCCCCCUGCCAUCUACAGCGACAACACCCUCCAGCACUGGCUGAACACUGUCACCCAGUCACAGAAAGGAAUCAAACUGGAUUUCAAAAGCCUCGAGUCCCUGAGUCCAUCCCUUGACAUCCUCACAGCUGCAGAUUCCCAAAAUCAGAUCAACCAGCCCGUCUGGCUCAACGCCGAUAUCCUGCGGGGCCCCAACGUACCCAACUUCGUCCAGCCGGUCAACGCCUCUCGGUUCCUGGCUCUGGUUCAGGAGAAGUUUCCUACCGUGACGGUUUCCCCGGGGUGGCUGACGCUGUACGUGCCGCUGUUGGCGGUGAAGCCAUACACGCAACUCAUGGUGGAGGAGAUGGCGGCUCUGGUGCGAGAUUUGCCGCAGAGAAUAACCUUCCCUGUCAGGGCCGUGCUGCUCCGAGCUUCCUGGCUGCACUUCAGUUGGUUGCUCAGCCAGUCACCGAGGUACAGUCUGACCCUGUGGCAGGGAGAGGCUGACCCGAUCACAGUGGAGGAUUUGCUGUUUAUCCGAGAGCACAGCGACCCCCAACAGAUAUACUACGACAUUUACGAACCGGUUUUAUCAGAAUUCAAAAACAUUGCACUGCACGGGAACCGCGACAGCCUCAGAACAGGGACCGGCUCAAAGCCAAGUGGUUUGAGGUCAAGAGCGGAGACACAAACCUGAGCCCAACCCUGAGGUAACAGCACCCACUUCGUUCCCCUUCCCCAUCAACCCCCCAUCUCUCUCUCUCUCACACCACACACGCACACGGCACAUCACGGGAACAUUAUCUCAGAUGAAAGCAUUGUAGUAUUGAUAAUUGACGGGGGAUAUAUACGUGUGUGUGCGCGCGGGGUGGGGUGUAGACUAAGGCACAGACUAACACGGUU